AUGUCUUCUCGACGGCGGGUCCAAAAAAUUAGCUACUCCGAAGAACUAGAUGACGACGAUGACUAUUAUGGUCGGUCAUAUGAAGAUGAUGUAGCUAUGUCUCCAAGUGUUACGGGAUAUAUGUAUCAACGACAAAAACCUUCUUGCGGAUUUACGAUCGACACCAAGCUGAGCGAAUUAAUACCUGAAGAACUUAACCAUCCAGAAUCAGCCAAUGAUGCUCCCGAUUAUCAGGAGGAUCAAAUGUUCGAUAUGGAUAUUGAUGGAGGUGCUGAUGGUAAAGCUGAAAAGCCCACUGCUGCAUCGACAUCGACAACUCAACCGAAAAUUGAUCUUGGCCCUCCUCCAGGACUUGGCUUUGAUGAAGCUCAACGUGGUUCUAAGCCUAUAGUGAUUUCGUUGCCACCAAUGGCUCCUAGCCUAGAAAAAGAGGUAGGAAUUGAUGCAUUGACAAUCGCACAAACAUUCAUAGUGUUCGAUUUAUACGAUACGAUGGUAAAGCAUACUUCAAAGGGCAGUUGUAUCAGCGAGUUGUAUCUUUUAGUAAGUCCCUUUUAG